AUGAAACACUUACUUCCUCUAUUCACGCUAUUAUCAUACGUCUUAGCAGAUGGUAGUGACGAUCACAUGAUGGAUAUGGAUUCUGAACGAGUUGAAUUCCAUCCCGUAAAUGCCGGGUCAAAAUCUUUUCAUUGGAUCUUAUCAUUAUUCAUUCUAUUAAUAAUCCCAUCCAUAUCGGCAGUAUUCGCAUUUGCAAAUAGAUUAAAUUGGUCAUUAUUGUUACAAUAUAUUUCAACUGCAUAUUCCAUUUUUGAAUCAAUGUUCUUGGCAUUUCCAGAUUCUGAUAAUCAUGAAAAUAGAACUUCAAAGGGAACAUCAUGGUUUUUGAGUUUAUUAUUAGGGGUAACUAUAUUCUUGGGAACUUUGAUUAAUGGGUCUAACCUAAUCAUCAAUAAAUUCUAUCCUCAUUGGGCCAAGGGUAGAAAUGAACAUUCAGGAAUAAUAUACAAUACAUAUAGAACCUUGUCGUUCGUAAGCGUGUUGGUAGGUUGGGUAAGAGUAUGCAUGGCCCCUGUAGCAUUAUUUGGAUUUUGUUAUGGAAAACAUACUGGACAAUGUAUAGCCCAUGGUAUAAUGGGUUCAGCAUUUAUCUUUUACUCAUUCGUGUUAUCAUUGGUUUUGGUUAUACCUUGGAUCAGAACUCAUCAAUUACAAAACUCACCUGAAGCCAAAUAUAAAUCACAAGAAUUCUUUGAUUCUACAGUCAUGUGUGCUUGGGGGAUUGUAAAUACAUUCACAGAACAUAGAUGGGGUACUGAAGCUUGGUCAAUGGGUGAUUAUCAACAUACUUCAAUGGGUAUAGUCUGGUGGGCUGGUGGAUUAUUGGGAAUGUUUUUAGCUCGUAAUAAUAAACGUACCUUCAUCCCUGCAUUAUUAUUGAUUUUUACAGGAUAUUCCAUGUCAGCCCAUACUCAACAUUUAGCAAUUUCAACCAAAGUUCAUGCCAUGUUUGGACUUGCGUUAAUUGGAGGUGGUGUUUCUCGUAUAAUUGAAAUUUCAUUCUUAUUGAGAGAUAAAGCAUGCAGUGAAACAGGAUCGAUUUUAUCAUUUCAAUAUUUCCCACCAUUUUGUUUAGCUUUAUCAGGAGUAUUGUUUAUGGGAGCCACUGAAGAACAAUUACAAUUGGUUCAUGAUUUAGGAUCAGAUCAUUCUGCAUAUAUAUUGGUGGUUUCUUCUGCUGCUUUUAUGAUUUAUUUAUGGUUUCAAUUGUUACUUUUGUUAUACUUGAGAUUAGUUGGAUAUAAUGAAGAUGGAGAAUUAAAUAAGGAAAGAUAUAGUAUUAUUAAUGAGGCUGCAUUGAAUGAGUUUGAAUUAGGAGAUAUCAGCGAUGGCGAGGAUGGAGAAGACACUCCAGAUACUGGAAGGGAUUGA